GAAGCAGGCGGACUCCCGGCAAGCCAGAGGCGGAUCAGCUCGGCACCUGUGGCGGCUAGAGCCGAGUUUCUUGAGCAAGUCGCUUGGGGCUGCUGUGUGAUGCCACCGCCCGGGCAGGAGCGGGUGUUGCCUGUGCUGGGGGCGCGUUGCAGAACCCUCUACCCCUUCUCCGGGGAGCGACAUCGGCACGGACUGCGCUUCGCUGCGGGCGAGCUGCUCACCGUCCUCCAGGCGGGGCCCGACGGCGGCUGGUGGGAAGGGGAGACGGCCGAAGGGCUGAGGGGCUGGUUCCCGGCCAGCUACGUCCAGCUCAUUGAGAAACCUAGGAAGGUCAUUGCUCAAGUUGGAGAAGAUUCUCAAAAUGGUCAUCUUCCACCUGGCUGGCAAAGUUAUAUGUCUCCUCAGGGGCGAAGAUAUUAUGUGAACACCUUCACCAAUGAGACUACUUGGGAGCGACCAAGCAGUGUCCCGGGAACUCCAAAGAAUUCGGUGAGCCAGAAGAACUCCUUGCCUACAGUGAACGGAUAUCACAUACCAGGCACGUUGGCAUCACAGCUAGAGCCAAGCCACAUGAGUCUCCGCAAAAUCAGCAGUGACCCUCAGAGUCCUGGGUCUCCAUCACCGACUCGAAAGCAGAAUAAGGAGAACACCUUUACGAUAAACUGUGUGACUUUUCCCCAUCCUGACACAAUGCCAGAACAGCAGUUGCUAAAACCUUCUGAAUGGAGCUACUGUGAUUAUUUCUGGACUGAUAAGAAGGACCCCCAAGGGAACAGUACAGUCUCAGGAUUUGAAAUUCUUUUGCAGAAACAACUGAAAGGGAAGCAAAUGCAGAAAGAAAUGGCAGAGUUUAUUCGAGAAAGAAUAAAAAUUGAAGAAGAAUAUGCCAAGAACCUAUCUAAACUAUCACAGAACUCCCUGGCUGCCCAGGAAGAAGGGACACUUGGCGAAUCUUGGUCUCAGCUAAAAAAAAGCAUGGCUGAUGAAGCAGAGGUUCAUCUUAAAUUUUCCUCUAAGCUCCAGGCAGAAGUGGAGAAACCACUACUCAACUUCCGUGAAAACUUCAAGAAAGAUAUGAAAAAAUAUGACCAUCAUAUUGCUGAUUUGCGAAAACAGCUGGUUAGUAGGUAUGCAGCAGUGGAAAAGGCUCGAAAAGCAUUAACAGAGAGGCAAAAGGAUUUAGAGAUGAAAACACAGCAGUUGGAGAUAAAACUGAGCAACAAGACAGAAGAGGAAAUUAAAAAGGCCAGGCGGAAGUCUACUCAAGCUGGAGAUGAUCUCAUGCGUUGUGUGGAUUUGUAUAACCAAGCUCAGUCAAAAUGGUUUGAGGAAAUGGUAACCACCUCUCUGGAACUUGAGAGGCUAGAAGUCGAGAGGGUGGAAAUGAUUCGGCAGCACCUUUGCCAAUAUACACAGUUGCGACACGAGACAGACAUGUUCAACCAAAGUACAGUGGAACCUGUGGAUCAGUUGCUUCAGAAAGUGGAUCCAGCCAAAGACAGAGAACUGUGGGUAAAAGAACACAAAACUGGUAACAUCAGACCUGUGGAUAUGGAGAUAUAGACUUCUGUGACCAGGUGGACUUUUGAGUCCCCCCAGUUUGAGGGAUUUCCAUAAAGCUUCAAGAGGAGGAACAGGGGAGGUGUUCCACUGUCAGCUUCCAUAUCUAUUUAUUAUUGUCUGUAGGGACUAUUUCUGUCAUGUUUGAUCAUUAUUCCAUUCCUAUAGUGCUAUGCCUUAAACAUCCAACAUUCCAGGGUUGAGAAGCUACUCUUUUUCCUUCUUUUUGAAACUGGCUCCUAGCAGCCAAGCACGUGCAGCUCCCAUGAUCAAUGCCUGGGUCUGUUUGCUGGUACAAAAGAAUCUUGCUAUUCUGUGGUUAUCUAUUUUGUGCUACUCCCCUUGCAUGAUGCUCUGUUUUGUACUGUGAUGUUAAAGACACAAAUAAGGCUGUGCCAAACAUAUGGACGGAUGAGUUUGACUGUGAUUCUGGAAGCAGGGAGAUCCUCCUGAAUGUUCCCACUGAAUUAGUGGGGAGGUGGUUUUAAAGCCCUCACCUCCUCUCCCACCCACACUUUAUGAAAUGGAGUUCAUAAUGCUUACCUACCUCACAGGGUUGUUGUGAGGAUGAUAUCUGUGUAGAGUAUUAUGUUUUAACAACCAUCAUCUCGUAUAACUGCAAAUACUAUUGCAAGGCUACAGUGAAAAGUCUUUUUUGAGUAAAGAAAAUGAGUCAGGAGGGUCAGGAGACAAUGUACCCAAAGAAAAACGCUUGGGUUGGCCCUCGUUUUAAUGUCUCAGGUACUUAACUGGCUGCAGUCCUCAAGCUACUUGUGAUCUUUUGACUUCUCCAGGAUCUGCAGAAACAAUCAGAGAAUUUGAACCAUUGAUUCCUCUCCCCCAAUAGAAAAAGCACUUUCAAGACACAGUUGCCUCUUAUCAUGCGUGCUUCAAGAGCCUUUGGAAGAGUGUAAGAAACCAAAUUCAAAGUGUAUCUCAAUCUGGAAAAUAACCUAUACGAGGGUUAGGUUAUUCAGAGGCUAGGAUCUUGCCUCUGCCAGUAUGUCUUCCCUGAUUUCCAAUUUUGUGAUCAUGUCACAGAGAUCCCUGCAUUGAUGACACAGCAAAAUUCAAGUAGAACUUGGAUUUGGGGGAAGAUUUUGCAAGCCUUUGGCUCUUGAGUUCCCACACUCUGGCAGCUAUUUUUUUAAAAAGUGUUUUAUUUUAUAACACAAUUCAGGCCAUAUUAAAUCUCAUUAUAAAACUAUCAGGUGGUCAAAAAUCAGCACAAGUGAGUUAAGAAGUGACUCUAUGAAUCCAGCCAAAGAUGUGUUAUACAGCUAGAUAUUUUCAGAAGUGCAGCUAUUUACGAUGGUACUAGAAGGCCUUACCAAUUGAUCCUGAGCUCCUGUAUUUCAGAAACUGUUAGGGGAAAACCACCAUUUUCUUUGUUCCCCUCCUUUUUUCAUUUGUCUUGCAAUGGUGUUUGUACAGCACAAAUAUUUGCUUCAAGUAUCAGAGCUUUAAUUUUUUUUGUACUGCCAAGUAUUUUGUUUGAACAUGUGUCACAAACAUCUACUAUUCAUUUCUUUAUUUCUUAAAACCCUUUUUCCCCUGGAAUGCAUUUGUCAGUUUUUUUUUACCAGACUUUCCAUCAGCACUAUAAGUCUUGUCCUUUCUAUUUUCAAAGUAAUGGUUUUUAGUUUAACUACAGAAAUGUAAUAUAGAUAAUCUGAGCCUCUUAAAUUUAAAAACAUAUAGGAGGAGUUUGGGAUAAGAGAUGGGAUUGCUUUACUGGAUUAUUUGAUGCUUAUAUUAUUAAAUACAGUAUGAAGAAAACUGGCACGCAAGGUAUUCCAGUUAAUUAUCACUCAAAUGUGCCCUCAUUUGAUUGAUUCUUUUCCCUUUCCCUUUCCUUUUGGCUUGCCUUCUGUUAUCAACAAAAUCCUCUUUUUUCAUUUCAAAGGGCACCACAAGUUUAUAAUAAAAAUAUAUAUUUUAUCUUUUUCCCAAGAAGCUGACUGUCAAGAUUUGCAAAAAGUACAAUUUAUCCUGCUGGUAUGUGUGAGUACAUUAAGGCCUGGAUCAAAAACAAUACAAAAAGAAUUUCUAAGAUAUCUAUUCAGUUCCUUUCCUGUUUUGAUAUUUCAGUAUUCAUUGCAAUCUUUCUCUAGUCGACUGUUUUCAGAACUUUUUUCAGUUGUUGCCCGUUGAUUUCUGGGCUUUUUCUGUUUUCCAUACUUGACACUGUUGAACUUUAUGUUCUUUUGAUAAAAUAGACUACAAUUCUUUGUACAUUCCACUCCAACUUUCUUCACAGUCAUCAAGCAAACUGCUCGUGGCAUAUUAUGAAAAUUGCUCUUUCCAAAUUAUAUUUUAAGAUUCCAUUGUAAUUCUGACUGAAUUUAAAAUAUUUAUCUUAUUUUUCUAGAUUAAGAAUUGUCAAAGCACCUUAAUUGUAAAUGUAAAACACUGCCUGGAUCAUUCGGUUUUCAUGUCUUUGCUGCUUUCUAUCAACUAACAGUUGUCCCUUUUUUGUUUUUUUUCUAUCUUUCAUUAUUAUCUUACCCUUUACUUUACUUUUCUCUUUUCUUCUUUCACUGAAAACUCCGGUGAUUGCUGAUGACAAAAUGUGAUUUGAUUGCAGAAAAAUCCCCAAGAUUUUACAGAAGUUUGUAAAUAGAUUUAUAGGUCUCCUUCUGUAAUUGUUUCAAAUAGUACAGUGUAUGUACCUGACUAGCUUAAUCUAUGUUUCCUUUCAAGUUCUACGUGUCUUUUAAACAUUACUAUUUUAUAUGAAGGAUGAAAAUACACAUUGUUCACCAGACUCCUUUUUGUGCUCCCCAGGGUUUGGUGAAAAGAUUGGAACCAUUUCUGUAUCUUUUGGGGACAAAAAUCAGGGCUCUAAGCCUUGCAAAUUACUUAGGAUGCCACUUAAAACCCCUCAUGGUC